AUGGCGGGCUUGACAGCAGACCAAGUCGCGUCCCUUGAAGAUCUCCGCCGCCGCCUGUCCGCCCUCAGCAGGAACCUCCUUACCCUCCACAGUCAAUUCAAUGCCGCCACACGCUCAGACGACCUCCAGGGCCCGUUCAAGACAGUGGCCUCCAGCCUGCACGAGCUGACCAGGGAACUCUCCAAACAUGACGACCUGUUGUCCCGGACGGUCGUUUUUCCCAAUGCCAAUUACCCAGCGAACACAGCCAGCGGCGUGAGCGAGCAUCUGCUAGCAACGCAUCUCGGUCUCGCAACGCAGGAGUGGAUCGAGCGUGGACAGCAGGGCGCGAAGGAGGCAUCGUCAGCCGGCGUGCUGUCAGAUACGGAUCGCGACAGGCUGUGGGCGAAUGCUCCGAGACUGGCACUGGAUGAGGCGAGGAAGCAAAGAUGGGGCGCAGACUAUACGCUGGCGGAGGUGCAAGCCGGGGUUGAGAACGUCACGACAGGUCUCAGGAGGACUCUAGUUGUGCCGGAAGACGACGAUGAUGAGGAGUUCGACGAGGAGAGUGAAGACGAUGCCGACGACGAUGUAGAUGCAGACGAGGAUUCGGAGGCUAUGGAUGUCGACAGUGCUACAGCACAGACGAAGACUGCGGCCACAACUGCACCAAGCGCACCUACGAUGCCUCCUAUGGAUCUUCUCGAUCUAGUUGCCUUCACCGAGACUGGGAAGACGAUGAAUGCUGCCUUGAAGUCAAGACUUCAGCCUCAAAAUAAGCGGUGA